AUGGCCUCCGAAAGCAGACUCUACACUUUUAGCCAGGAGAGCAAAGAACACCUUCGCAAGUUCCGUCUGGGGACUUCCCGCGCCAGCGACCCCCAAGCUGUGAUCUAUAUGAUCGACAAACAGACGCUGGAAAUCAAGCAGGAUGAGGACAAGACAGUAUACACAAAAUUAGAGGACAUAGGAGAGGAUCUGCCAGACCAUUCCCCACGAUUCGUACUGCUGAGCUACCCAUUGACAUUGCCCUCUGGACGAUUAUCGGUACCUUAUGUGCUGCUAUACUACCUCCCAGUAACAUGCAAUGCGGAAUUGAGGAUGGUAUAUGCUGGGGCGAAGGAAUUGAUGAGGAACACUGCUGAGGUAGGUAAGGUUAUUGAGAUUGACUCUGUGGAUGACCUGGAAGAUCUACCCUCGAAAUUGGGUGCUGCGUAA